GUGAAGACUGACGAAGAUGAGUCAUGAGACACAAAUUCGCAAUUGGGAUUUAUCGCAAAAAUAUCAAGCAAUACUUCCUUUCCAAUAUAAUCGUUGAGCUAAGAACAUUUAGUUUGAAGAAUGUCUCCACCAAGUAAGAAACGUAGAGCUCAACCAGCAGCCGCAGAAGUGGACAUCAUGGAACACAUACAGAAUCUUGAUUGGUGUAAAUCUGAGUGGACAUAUAUAGAUUUGAGUAAAGAAUCAAAAGAGUUGCUGAAGAAGUGUGUAAAUUCUACAAAACCAGAAACUGAGUAUAAUGUUAAGGAUGUCAUUAAAAAAAGUGAGGAGUUUCCAGUACCAUUUCCUAUUGACACUGUAAGACUCAAGGAGUUGAAAAAGAGGAGACCAAAUAGCAGACUCAAGAGAAAUAUUAAUUCUACCUACACUGUUAUUCAUGAGAGAGUGCUGAUUCUUAUGGCUGAGUUUCUGCACCAUAAAAGGUAAAUUAAUGUGAUAGUGUGUUACUUCGUCACACCCAAGGUCAUGGGCAGGGGGGGGCAGCUGCCCUAGCCCUAGAAGAUAAAAUAAACAUCAAGUUUCCAAAGUGCUGAACCAUUCAAGAGUCGUCCAUUGCGUACGGCACGGAUGUGGACGCUUACCUUUACGCGGUACGUCACAACUGAAUGUGUAAUGUGUCAAGCUAGCGAACGGUCGUGCUCCACGUUACACACGCCGCAAAUAUUAUUUAAUUAAUAUUUUCGCGAAUCGCGCGGCACGUUGCCGCUGCACGUGACCAUGGCGCUCGUGGCCAACGA